ACUUCAGAAAAUGGUGAUGGAAUAUUUUUCUGGGGCGUCAACCACAAAGCAGCAUGGAGGCCAGCGACAGGGUUAAGAUCACUUUUUAGAACGACAGCUGAAGGACAUCAUCACAUCCAGAGUGAAGUCACCAUGAAGGCCACAGUGGGACUGCUGCUUCUGCUGCUCACUGUUUAUUGCUGGGCUGCUGGACCUGAAGGAUUGGAUGAGAUGGCUCCUGGAGAAUGCUGUUUCCAUUUCUUUACAGGAAACAUACCAGUGAAGAACAUAGUCUCUGUCACCAAGACUCACAGCAGCUGUCUGGAAAAAGCAUUUGUGAUCCAUACAGCCAAAGGAAAACGCUUCUGCGUGGGUCACACUGUCACCUGGGCUCAAGAUGCUUUUAACAAAGAGCAGAACAGUGACUAACAAUGCUCUUCAGUGUCCACGAUCAAGCAUAAUAACAGUCUCUGUUAUGUUAUUCUUCGCUACCAGCAUUUUUAUAAUGACUGUAUUUUACAAGACGCUUUGCAAAGCAUAAAUAUACCCAUGUGCUC